AUGGCAGCCGCAGCGGUUCAGCAUAUAAGCACCAACACCGGGCUUGGAUCUACCAACGACAAAUUCCAAACCCAGCUCGGCAGUGCACCCAAACCGACAUCUUUGAAGCCUCAUGACGUCAACACAAUCUUGAAUUAUUACAAAGAGAACGAGGAUGGGUCCCCACCUCACCCUACAUAUGUUGACAGGCCAGAGACAUAUGACCGACCAGUCGAGAGCCAUUCCGUCACUGUCCAUGAUGUGAACGGACAUGAGGACGAGUACUCUCUCGACGGAAACGGGUUCCAAUUCCACAGACACACUGCCAACGAGAAAGACUUCCUGGACGAUGAACAAAUCAAGCAGGGGUAUUACAAGGAGACCGAGCAGCUGCUCAAGGACGUAACUGGCGCUUCCCAGAUAUUCAUAUUCGACCAUACGAUUCGCCGCCAACUGCCUUCAGAUGGCAGUGCCCAGGCCGCUCGCCGAGGCCCAGUCCAGCGCGUGCACAUAGACCAGUCCUACUCGGCCUCGCUGUCGCGGGUCCCACACCACCUCCCGGAUGAGGCGGAUAAGCUGCUCAAGGGCCGGGUGCAGAUCAUCAACGUGUGGAGGCCGAUCUCGACCGUCCUCAGGGACCCUCUCGCUGUUGCGGAUGCACACUCCGUGCCUGACUCCGACCUCGUGCCCACGGGCUUAAUUUACACCAAGCCGAAGCCCCGCAAGGGGGAGACGCUGCAGGUGAAGUACAACAACGCGCACCGCUGGUAUUACAAGAGCGGUUUGACACCGGGAGAGGUGCUGCUAAUCAAGUGUUUUGAUACCAAAACGGAUGGCAGGGCGAGGCGGGUUCCACACACGGCAUUUGUUGACCCGGACACUGAUCGGGAGGACGUGCCGGUCCGGGAGAGCAUUGAGGUUAGGGCAUUGGUGUUCCAUGAAAACGACACAGCCUAG